AAUAUGUUUUAUUGGUAAAUAAUAAAAUUAUAAAAAUGGCAAACGAUUUAAUAUAUAAGUAUCAGAGUAUUAAACAGAAAUAUACGGGUUCCAAAGAAGCAGAUCUAGAAUUGAACAUCGAAUGCUACAGCAGAGAUUCAAUUCAAGUGCAACUAACAAAUCUAAACUAUAACAAACAAAAACAAAAUAAAAUAUGUAAUAUACUACUUACACUUUGCUUUUUAAGUACUUAUACUACAUUUAGAUUUAUAUACUUUACAAAAAACCUUCAAUUGUUUUGCGAUCGUGAAUGGUUGGCGUUUACCGCAAUUUUGACAUAUCUUAUGUAUGUUGCUAAAUCAAUGUCAGACAUAAUAAAGAAAGAAAAACUAUUGAUAUGUAAUAAUUUUGCAUUGCAAUUGGAAACAGAACGAUGCUUUUCACGCAAAUCCAAUAGAUUUAUUUCUGCCUCAGAUAUUCAUGAUGUAGUCAUAAACGAAGUCAUUCAAGAUUUAGAUGUACAUUACAUUCUAAUGUUAAGAACAAAAAAACGUCUUUUUAAUAAGACCCCAAUUAUUGUAAUUUUUAAUAACUUACGACCAUCGGUGGAAUGCUUGGAGAUGAUUUAUAAUAAUUUGAAAAAAAUUUUUAUAAACUCUGAAAAUUCAUGAUAAUUAAUAUUUCUACAAUAAAA